CGCCUUCCCACUCGGGCCGUGGGCCGGUGACGGGCCGGGGCUGCAUGGCCUCGCCCGCGCGCCGCCGCUGAGCCGCGGGCCAGAGCCGGAGUCGGAGCCGGAGCCGAAUCUCCUCACUGCUGCUCUGGGACACGCCUCUGUUGGAUUUAAUUUACAGUCAUCAGCCACAGCUUUCAGCGAUGGACUCGACGGUUGAUGAUGAAGCGAUGGCGGCGUGAAUGAAGGCCCAGUGAGGAGAAACGAUGCCCAAGGGUGGGUGUUCUAGAACCCCACAGCAGGAAGAGCGUUCCGUGAGCAGCGACAUGGUGGAGAAGCAGCCUGGGAAAAAGGACAAAGAUAAAGUUUCUCUAACCAAGACCCCAAAGCUGGACCACAGUGAUGGUGGUAAGGUGAGAGAGCGCGCGCCCAAGAGGAAGCUGCCCUUCACCGUGGGGGCCAAUGGAGAGCAGAAGGACUCGGACACAGAUGCCUCCAGCUCAAAAGAGAAGCAGGGUCCUGAGCGGAAGCAGAUCAGGAAGGAGCCCGUCACCCGCAAGGCCGGGCUGCUCUUCGGCAUGCGGCUGUCUGGGAUCCGCGCCGGCUACCCUCUCUCUGAGCGCCAGCAGGUGGCUCUGCUCAUGCAGAUGACGGCCGAGGAAUCCGCCAACAGCCCAGUGGACAUGACACCAAAGCACCCCUCUCAGUCAACAGUGUGUCAGAAGGGGACGCCCAACUCUGCCUCAAAAACCAAAGAUAAAGUGAACAAGAGGAAUGAGCGUGGGGAGACCCGCCUGCACCGGGCGGCCAUCCGGGGGGAUGCCCGGCGCAUCAAGGAGCUUAUCAGCGAGGGGGCAGACGUCAACGUCAAGGACUUUGCGGGCUGGACGGCACUGCAUGAGGCCUGUAACCGGGGCUACUAUGAUGUCGCGAAGCAGCUGCUGACUGCGGGCGCGGAGGUGAACACCAAGGGCCUGGAUGAUGACACACCCUUGCACGAUGCUGCCAACAACGGGCACUAAAAGGUGGUGAAGCUGCUGCUCCGGUAUGGAGGGAACCCUCAGCAGAGCAACAGGAAGGGCGAGACACCGCUGAAGGUGGCCAGCUCCCCGACCAUGGUGAACCUGCUUCUGGGCAAGGGCACCUACACGUCUAGCGAGGAGAGCUCAGCUGAGAGCUCCGAGGAGGAGGAGGAAGACGCCCCGUCGUUCGCACAUUCCAGCUCGGUCGAUGGCAAUAACACAGACUCUGAGUUUGAGAAGGGCCUAAAGCACAAGGCCAAGAAUCCAGAGCCGCAGAAAACCGUGACCCCGGUCAAGGACAAGUAUGAGUUUGACGAGGAUGACGAGCAGGACAGAACCCCCCCAGUGGAUGACAAACACUUACUGAAAAAGGACUACAGAAGAGAAGCCAAGUCAAAUAGUUUUAUUUCUAUUCCCAAAAUGGAAGUGAAAAGCUACACUAAAAACAGCACGAUUGCACCAAAGAAGGCGUCUCAUCGCAUCCUGUCGGACAUGUCUGAUGAAGAGGACGUCGGCGUCGCCAUGGGGGCGGGGGAGAAGCUGAGACUCUCAGCCCACACCAUGCUGCCCGGCAACAAGACCUGGGAGCCUUCGAACUGCAAGCAGCAGAAGGAAAGAAAUAAAGUGAAAAAGAAGCGAAAGAAAGAAAUAAAGGGCAAAGAAGUGCGGUUUGGGAAGAGGGGUGACACGUUCUGCUCGUCCGAGUCUGAGAGCGAGUCCUCGGAAAGUGGUGAGGAUGGCGGGGACUCGGUGGGCAGCCCAGGCUGCCUCAAGGAGUCCCCACUGGUGCUGAAGGACCCCGCCCUGUUCAGCUCCCUGUCCGCCUCCUCCACCUCAUCCCACGGCAGCUCCACCGCCCAGAAGCAUAAUACCGGCCAUGCAGACCCACACGCCAAGCACUGGCAGACAGACAAUUGGAAAACCAUUUCCUCUCCUGCCUGGUCCGAGGUCAGCUCCUUAUCAGACUCCACCAGGACAAGACUGAGCAGUGAGUCUGAUGGCUCCUCUGAAGGCUCCAGCGUGGAGUCACUGAAGCCAGUCAGAAGACAGGAGCACAAAAAGAGGGCUGGCCUGCAGGGCACGUUACCCGACAGGAAGAACUCCUUCCACCCGAGCGGGGAUGGUGCCAUCCCCAAGCUGGACAAGGAGGGCAAAGUCAUCAAGAAACACAAGACUAAACAUAAACACAAAAGCAAGGAGAAGGGGUUGUGCUCUGUCAGCCAGGAACUGAAGCUGAAGAGCUUUACCUACGAGUACGAGGACUCGAAGCAGAGGGCGGACAAGGCCAUCCUCCUGGACAACGUGCCCGCUGAGAACAAGCUGAAGGGCCUGAAGCAUGAGAGAGACCACUGCAAGAAAGAGGAGAAGCUCAGCAAGAUGAAGUCAGAAGAAAAAGACUGGCUCUUUAAGGACGAGAUGAUCAAGGUCUCCAGAGAGGAGAAGUCGCUGAAGAGAAUCAGGGACCUGAACAAGGAUGGGGGCAGGGCCUUCCGGGAGGAGAAGGACCAUUCAAACAAGGCCGAGAAGGAGAGGCUGCUGAAGGAAAAGUCUCCUAAAGAGGAGAAGCUGCGGCUCUACAAAGAGGAAAGAAAGAAGUCCAAAGACAGGCCCUCAAAGUUAGAGAAAAAGAAUGACUUUAAGGAUGAAAAAAUUCCCAAAGAGAAGGAGAAGAUCUUCAAGGAGGAUAAAGAAAAACUCAGAAAAGAAAAAGGGUAUCGGGAGGACUCUGCUUUUGACGAGUACUGUAACAAAAGUCAGUUUCUGGAAAAUGAAGACACCAAGUUCAGUCUCUCUGACGACCAGCAGGAUCGCUGGUUCUCGGACCUGUCAGAUUCCUCCUUCGAUUUCAAAGGGGAAGACAGCUGGGACUCCCCAGUGACAGACUACAGGGACAUGAAGAGCGACUCUGUGGCCAGGCUGAUCCUGGAGACGGUGAAGGAGGACAGCAAGGAGAAGAGGCGGGAGAGCAAGGCCCGGGAGAAGUGCGGUGACAGGGACAUUUUCUCUCGGAAAAAGGACAGGGAUGGCCUGGAGCGGCGGCGAGAGCACGUGGCCGACAGGCACAGGGCCGUCCCCAGCUUUCUCUGCGAGAAGGACAAACGGCGGCGCGAGUCCACAGAGGGCAGCCGGGACCGGAAGGAGCCCCCUGAGGCUGCUAAGGAGCGGAGAGAUGGGCGCGUGAAGCCCGAGGAGGUGCACAGGGAGGACCUGAAGGAGUAUGGCUGUGACUUUGGGAAGAGCCUGGAGCCCUGGGAGAGGCACCACCCGGGGAGAGAGAAGGAGAAGAAGGAGAAGCUGAAGCUGGAGAAGCACAAGGAGAAGUCCAGCGACAAGGACAAAAGUGAAAAACUCAUCCUUGAGAAAUGUCAGAGGGACAGAGAGUUUGAUAAGUGUUUUAAAGAGAAAAAGGAUGCCAAGGAAAAGCAUAAAGACGUGCACAGCAAAGACAAGGAGAGGAAGGUGUCCCUUGACCAAGGCAGAGACAAACGGGAGAAGGCCUUCCCUGGAAUCCUCUCUGAGGACUUCUCCAAAAAAAAAGACGAGAAAAAGGGCAAAGAGAAAAGCUGGUAUAUUGCAGAUAUCUUCACAGAUGAAAGUGAAGAUCAAAAAGACGACUACACAGCGAGCGGAUUCAAAGUCGGGGAGGCGAGUGAGGGCGGGGGGGAUGGCCCCCCCGAGAGAGAGGACGGGCGGGAGGUGCACCCCCCUGACCGGCACCGAAAGCACUCAGCCGACAGGCAAGCCCAUGCUGAGAAGCAGAAGGACAAAGAGAUGAGGGAGAAGAAGAAGGAGAAGGGGGCCGCGGAAGGGGGCAAGGACAGGAGGGAGAAGACCUUCGAGAAGCACAAGGAGAAGAAGGACAGGAAGGACCGCACGUCUGUGGACGCCGUGCAGGAUAAGAGGGGCAAGCAGAAGCUACCUGAGAAGGGGGAGAAGAGGCCCCCUGCGGAGGACAAGGCCAAGGCCAGGCACCGGGAGAGGCCGGACCGUGAGCAGGGCCGCGAGAGGAGGGCCAGCAAGGGUGCUGAGGCGGAGAGGAGCCUGCUGGAGCGGCUGGAGGAGGCGGCCCUGCAGGACUUCCGCGAGGACUCCCACGACAAGGCCAGCGAGGCGUCCUCCGACGGCUUCCCUGACCGCGGCCAGGACCCCGGCCUCAGCGCCCUCCUGGACGUGUCCUUCCCGGAGCCCCCAGAGGAGCGGGUGCGGGAGAGGGAGCGGCACCGGCACGCCUCGUCGUCCUCCAAGAAGAGCCACGAUCGAGAGCGGGGCAAGAAGGACAAGCUCGAGAAGAAGGACAAGAGCGACGACUACAAGGACGCAGGCAGCCGGAAGGACGCCGGCCAGUACGAGAAGGAGCUCUUGGACAGCGACGCUUACGGUGCCUCCUACGGCUCCAAGGCUGACGCAGAGGAUGAGCUGGACAAAGCCCUCGAGUUGUUUUCUACUGAAAAGAAGGAGAAAAAUGAUCCUGAACGAGAGCCCCCCAAGAAGGUGGAGAAGGAGCUGCGGCCUUUCGGCUCCAGCGCCCUCAACCUCCUGAAGGAGAAGUGGCGGCGGGAGAAGCACCGCUCCGAGAGGACAAAGAGCGGCACCGGCACCAUCGCCAAGGACGAGGGUGGGAAGCUCGGCGAUGCCAGGCUGAAGGAGAAGACCAAGGAGAAUCCCAAGAAGGAGAAGGGAGACCCCGCGAAGCUCAGCAAUGGAAAUGACAAGCUGCUCCCGGCCAGAGACCCGGGCAAGAAAGACGUGCGGCCCCGGGAGAAGCUUCUGGGCGACGGGGACCUGAUGAUGACCAGCUUCGAGCAGAUGCUGUCCCAGAAGGACCUGGAGAUUGAGGAGCGGCACAAGCGGCACAAGGAGAGGAUGAGGCAGAUGGAGAAGCUGCAGCACCGCUCCGGGGACCCCAAGCUCAAGGAGAAGGCGCGGCCCGCAGAGGACGCACGCAAGAAGAGUCUGGAUGGCCCACCCAAGAAGCCACCUGGGCCCGACCUCACCCCAAAGGACAGAAAACCAAAGGAGUCUGUUCCUCCUGCCCCCGCCACUGAGAACAAGCCCCACCCGGAACUAGGAGUGGACCCCCGGGACUGGCUGGCAGGACCCCACAUGAAAGAGGUCUUGCCUGCGUCCCCCAGGCCUCACCAUGGCCGGCCCACUGGGGUCCCCACCCCCGCCUCGGUGGUGUCCUGCCCCAGCUACGAGGAGGCCAUGCACACGCCCCGGACCCCGUCCUGCAGCGCUGAUGACUACCCCGACCUCAUGUUCGACUGCACGGACCCCCAGCCGAUGUCCAGCACCUCUGCCAGCGCCUGCUCACCCUCUUUCUUUGACAGGUUCUCUGUGGCCACAAGUGGGAUUUCAGAGACCCCAGGCCAGACACCAACGAGGCCACUGUGCACGAACCUUUAUCGCUCGGUCUCCGUGGACGUCAGGAGGACCCCCGAGGAGGAGUUUGGCCUCGGGGACAAGCUGUUCAGACAGCAGAGCGUCCCCGCUGCUCCCAGCUACGGUUCACCAGGACAGCACCCCGAGGACAAGGCCCCUGGCCCUCCAGCACCCGCGGAGAAGUUCGCCUGCCUGUCUCCAGGGUAUUACUCCCCGGACUACGGCAUGCCCUCCCCCAAAGUCGACGCCUUGCACUGCCCGCCUGCGGCCACAGUCAACCUCACCCCCUCCCCAGAGGGCGCCUUUGCUGGCUUACAAGCCAAGUCCCCCUCUUCACACAGAGAUGAGCUUUUGGCCCCGUCCAUGGAGGGGGCCCUCCCCCCUGACCUUGGCAUCCCCCUGGAUGCCACGGAGGACCAGCAGGCCACUGCAGCCAUCAUCCCCCCGGAGCCCAGCUUCCUGGAGCCCCUGGACGAGGGCCCCUUCAGCACGGUCAUCACGGAGGAACUGGUCGAAUGGGCGCACCCUGCUGCUGCAGAGCAGGGCCUGCCCCCUGCCCUUAUUGGGGGCACUCCUGGUGACACGGCCAGCUGGCCUGUGGGUUUGGACCUCCUCCUCAAGUCCCCACAGAGGUUCCCAGAGUCCCCGAAACAGUUCUGCCCUGCCGAGUCACUCCAUCCCGAGCCCCCUUACCCAGCAUCCCCCAUCUCAUACCCUCUGCUGGUCCCCGAGCCGGGACUGGAAGCUAAGGACAAGGCCAAGGGAACAGUCCCAGCCACCGUCUCUGCUUCUGAGGAGUCAGCCCCGUUCGCCCCUCCCUCCCGGCUGGAGUCCUUCUUCAGUAACUGCAAGUCCCUUCCUGACGCGCCCCCUGAUGUGCCCCCAGAGCCUGCGUGUGUGACAGCCGUGGCUCAGGUGGAGGCACUGGGGCCCCUGGAGAAUAAUUUCCUGGAAGGUGGUCACAACCUGUUGGCACUCGGCCCGGUGGAGCCGGUGCCCUGGCCCGGUGCCUUCCCCGCUGCCGAGGACGACCUCGACCUGGGGCCUUUCUCACUGCCAGAGCUCCCUCUCCAGACCAAGGAUGUUCCCGACGUGGAAGCAGAGCCUGUGGAAGAGAGUCCUCUCGUUCCUCCAGAGAACACCCCCUUGGGGGCCCCUGUGCUCCCAGGCAGUGGGGAGGCUGCUGGGGCAGCUGCUGACCAACAGCUGGUGUCGCCUCCUGACCAGGUGGCCACCCGGCUCCCCACCGAAGCCGCGCCGGAGCCCCCAGAGGAGCCAAAGCCAGCAGCGCUGCCUGAGGCCACGGCAGAGGGAAGGUCCGGGCCAGAGGGGAGAGCCCCUGAGGACUCCCACCCUGGCUCAGGGCUCACACCAGCCCUCUCAGAGCAGCGUCCACCAGGGAGUGGAGAUGAGGAGCCUGAGGGCCAAGAUCCCUUGGCCUCGCCCCACAGCACCCUUGAUGCCCCUGUGGAUGGCUCGGCUCAGGCCCACGUGGCAGAUGGGGCCGGCCCUCAGGACAGUGCCGGGCCCGAGGGGCCCCCGGACAGCGUCCAGCCUGAAUCCGCCGAACCAGAACCUAAACCCAUGGCUGAGGCCCCGAAGGCACCCAAAGUAGAGGAGAUCCCUCAGCGCAUGACCAGGACCCGUGCCCAGAUGCUGGCUAACCAGCACAAGCAGAGCUCACCACCCACUGAAAAGGAGCCCACGCCCACCCCCACGCCCACCCCCAGGGCCAAGGGUCGUGGCUCUGAGGACGACGACCCCCAGGCCCAGCACCCACGCAAACGCCGCUUCCAGCGCUCCAGCCAGCAGCUGGCCCAGCAGAUGCACACAUCCACGCGGCAAACACGCGAGGUGAUCCAGCAGACGCUGGCCGCCAUCGUGGACGCCAUCAAGCUGGACGCCAUUGAGCCUUACCACAGCGACAGGUCCAACCCAUACUUCGAGUAUCUGCAGAUCUGGAAGAAGAUUGAGGAGAAGCGCAAAAUCCUGUGCUACAUCAGCCCGCAGGCGCCGCAGUGCUACGCCGAGUACGUCACCUACACCGGCUCCUACCUCCUGGAUGGCAAGCCACUCAGCAAGCUGCACAUCCCCGUGAUCGCGCCCCCACCCUCGCUGGCGGAGCCCCUGAAGGAGCUGUUCAAGCAGCCGGAGGCCGUGCGGGGGAAGCUCCGCCUGCAGCACAGCAUCGAGCGGGAGAAGCAUGUCUCUUGCGAGCAGGAGAUACUGCGGGUCCACUGCCGGGUGGCGAGGACCAUCGCGAACCAGGCGGUGCCGUUCAGUGCCUGCACCAUGCUGCUGGACUCAGAGGUGUACAACAUGCCGCUGGAGAGCCAGGGUGAUGAGAACAAGUCAGUGCGGGACAGGUUCAACGCCCGCCAGUUUAUAUCCUGGCUGCAGGAUGUGGACGACAAGUACGACCGCAUGAAGACGUGUCUCCUGAUGCGGCAGCAGCACGAGGCGGCGGCUCUCAACGCUGUGCAGAGGAUGGAGUGGCAGCUGAAAGUCCAGGAGCUGGACCCCGCCGGGCACAAGUCCCUGUGCGUGAAUGAGGUGCCGUCCUUCUACGUGCCCAUGGUCGACGUCAACGACGACUUUGUGCUCCUGCCGGCCUGAUGCACAGGGACAGCUGCACAGGACACAGGCGAGCCCCCCUGACGUGUGCUGCCGAGUCCAGGCGGCGGGAGGAGACCAUGUCCCCAGUGGGGACGCCUAGGGAGAAACCGCACUGGGUCCCUGGUGCGCCUCCUUCCCACCAGCCCCCGCGGGAGGACGCAGAGCCGGGGGCACAGGCACAGGCGCGGUGGCCUCGGGCUCUUCUCCGGUGGCUACGCAGGCAUCUCAGGAGCUGCAGGAUGGAGAGCAGUCUUUAAAUUCCUGGUUCCAUUUUUGAUCAACUCAAGAGAAUAAAACUAAGGCGUCUACCCCUCAGCAACAGUGGUCUCUGGUCAGAGGGCGGGGAGAGCACCGGGCCGGCUGCCGUCCUGUCACCACGAAGCUGCUGAUGGCUCGGGCCUCAGACUGGGGCCAGGACGCUGGGCCGGGCGAGGGCCUGGCUGCGCCGCCCGCCCGCCCGCCUCACAGGGACACGGAGGCAGGACACUCAGUUGUGUUUUUAAUGGA